UAAACAACGAUCGCGUUCCUGCUUUUGGCCAGCGCGGGUGCAGCGAUCCCACGCGCGCACUCCACGCCGCUCGCGCGGAGCCGCUUCACGCUGAAAAAAGCGCCGCUUCUCCCCCCGAAGCUGCUCGUCAGCCCGGGCACCAGCAGUGCUACCCGCCCGCCCAGCACGGCGCGGGGGGCUGCUCGCGCCCAAGCGCCGGACUGGCACACGCUGCCCCGCUUUAUUCUACUGUGACAAUCCUGCCCUUCUUCGUGCUCGCGCUCCCCCCGCCACCGCUCGCGGCGGGCAGCCCGGCAGACCGCCCAAGGCCCGGCAGACCGCCCAAGGCCCGGCAGACCGCGCACCGGCACCCCAGCACUGCCAUGCCCAGCGCGACGACGCGUUCUCCGGUGGGACGAGCACUAGGGCGGUGCCUCACGGCGGCUCCGCCCACCCGGAGGCGUGUCCCAGCGGCGCUGUCACUUCCUGCCCAGCGCUGUCUGUGUCCGGGUCGCUCGCUGUUCCCUGAGCAGCCGCUACCGCCCGGUUCCCUGCUCCCGCCCCAGGCGUACACCCGCUUCUGGGACCGGUGCGGCGGGCGGGAGGGGCGGCAGCGCCUGGCGGCGGUGGGGAGGAGCGGGGCAGGACGGGACGGGGCUUCUCGCGUCUCCUCACCUCCGGUCUCGAGCGGUAGCGACCGGGGGGCGGUGAGCCCGGGGGGGCCUCGGCUGCGGGCCCCGCCCCGAGGCAGGACGAUGCCGGUGAAGAAGAAGAGGAAGUCCUCGGGGUCGGCGGCUGCAGCGGCGGACGACACCGGCCUCAAGAAAUGUAAACUCGGCAGCUAUUGCAGAUCGCAAGCCUCUGGUAAAGUGAUAAGUGGAGAGGAACAUUUUUCAAGCAAAAAGUGCCUGGCUUGGUUUUAUGAAUAUGCAGGUCCAGAUGAAGUGGUGGGACCCGAAGGAAUAGAAAAGUUCUGUGAAGACAUCGGUGUCGAGCCUGAGAAUAUUAUUAUGUUAGUUUUAGCCUGGAAGCUAGAGGCCGAAAGCAUGGGAUUUUUUACCAAGGAAGAAUGGUUAAAAGGAAUGACCUCACUACAGUGUGAUUGUACAGAAAAAUUACAGAGUAAAUUUGACUUCUUGCGGUCACAAUUGAAUGACAUUUCAUCCUUUAAGAAUAUCUACAGAUAUGCCUUUGAUUUUGCAAGGGAUAAAGACCAGCGAAGUCUUGAUAUUGAUACUGCAAAAUCCAUGUUAGCUCUUCUGCUUGGAAGAACUUGGCCACUGUUUUCAGUAUUUUAUCAAUACCUGGAGCAAUCAAAGUAUAGAGUUAUGAACAAGGACCAGUGGUACAAUGUGCUAGAGUUCAGCAGAACUGUCCAUGCAGAUCUUAGCAACUAUGAUGAAGAUGGCGCAUGGCCUGUACUUCUGGAUGAAUUUGUUGAAUGGCAAAAGGUUCGUCAAGCGUCAUAGCAAGAAUUCAAAGGAAAAUGCGAAACUGUUUUUGGUGCCCGCCUGUACACAAACUAAUGAGAAAAACAAAGGAUUGCAUUUUCAUUCUUAAGAAAGACUUCAGAGUAUUUUUUUUCCUUUUUUAAGGAAAUUUUCUUGUUACAUGUGAUAUGGGCAUUGAACCACACCUCUUCUGAGACUGAAAGUUGGAGUUCUUGUUUUGAGUCUUAUGUUUAUAGCAUUUAUUUCAGAACAAUAAAGAUUGAGAUUUGUGACAAAGGCCUAAAAGUGAAGAACGUCCCUUGAAUGUGAGUGUGGUGUCUAUUUUUAAAACCAAAUCUUAAAGAUUAUCUUUCUCAGAAGUGCCCUUUGCUAUGAGUUUUUGAAGACCUUAAAAAUGCUGAACUGGCACUGUUGCUUGCUGAUGGUAUGAUUGUCUUGUGUGACAGACAUUAGAAAGAAUGACUGAUUUUCCUAUAUAUAUAUAUAUAUUUUUUUUAUUUUUUUUUUUUUCCUUCCUGGAGCCCUGGGUGGGAGUGUGCUAAUUUGUGUGUUAAGUUUUGGUUAUGGGUUGUGCCACAGUUUUCAGCUACCUGUGGAGAAAAAGGCCUUAAACUCUAUUUUUUUUUUCCUUUUGUUCAGUAACCAUCCAGUGGCAUGGCAUUUAAUUGCAAGCCCGUUCAAAGCAGAAAGGCGUAGAGCAUAUGGCUCUAUAUGCAGAAUGGCUGAAAACUAGUUGCCUGCAUUUCAGAUGGGGAACAGAAAUACUCUUUGGUACUGUAAGGCAGCUUCAAAUUUUUACUACAGUUUAGACUUUGGAUUGCUUUAUAUAAAAAAGGUGCAAUUUAUAUUUUAAAAGGGAAAGCUGGAAAGACUUGGUUUCAGGGUUUGCUUCUUACAUGUUUUAAACUGGAAGCAUUCAUGACAUGACUCUUUUUUUUUUUCCUUUUUUUUUUUUUUUUUAUUAAUUUCCCUGGAUUUUUUUUGUAAUAUAAGUCCAGAAAAGACUAUUAAAUCACCUACCUUUGACCUCUAUAUAACAGGCUAUUAAUUUUUACCAUGUUACUCCAUGGAUAGAGUCCAGUAACUACUAUGAUUGCCCUUUUAGGCACUCAGUAUUCAUGGCAACCUUGAAAUACAGUAGAAGUUUGUCAUUCUACCUUUUGCCCACAAGGCCCAAUGCCACCCUUGAGGAGGAAAGAGAUGUUAACGAGUAAAUGUGAGAAACCAAAAUAGAGUGAGAGUAUGAAGCAUUUGUAACUUCUACUUUGUUGUAUAAAUGUUACGUAGACUGCGAUAAUGCUAUGAGACUCAGUCAGUGAUCAAGGCCUCGUUGUGCCAAAUAAUUCAACAGCUUGAAGUAAGAAUAGACAAUGUAAGCUAGGCAUGACUUGAAGAUCUUUGCCUCAGGGAAAUUACUUCUGUUUUGCACAUCACUUAUUCAGACUAACAUGUAUGAGUUUUCCUAUCCUUAAGGAAAGCUUUAUUCCCAAGAUUUUUAUUUUUUUUUUUCUUAUGAGGAGGGGGAAUUGGAGAGGGGAAAAAACGAAGAAAGGUGUGUGGAGGAAUAAUAAGUGGGACCAACUAGUAGUGGGUGCCUGUGCUCUUGUUCUACUGGAGAGAACCACGCUUGCGACUUACUCUCCAGACCUGCGUGCUGUGGGCUGCAGGAAGUGAUGCAGUGGUGAUCUACAGAUUAUUCUGCAAGUCAGCUAGCAGUGCAGUUUCACUUGUUUCUGCCCAAGUGUAAAAAAACAUUGCAGGGGGAAACAAAACCAAACAAUAGUUGAGAUACUUGGAAGGUCUCAGCUUGUACAGUGGCUAGUGUCUGUGUGCAUGUGAACACAUGCACUAGAGCUGUUCUAUAUUUUUCCACGUUUUUUAAGGGAAGUACUUAAUUUUAGACCUCAUGUUGGCUACAGCAGUUCUCUUCAGUAUGUUACAAGUUGCCCAUUUGCAUUGCUGCUGCUGCUGAUUUCACUCAUACAACGGAGUGCCUUUCAUUUGGAAAUUGCCCUACUCCACAGAAAGUCAGUGCCAGAAUGAGAUUAACUUUGAAAGUCCCAAGAUCUAGUGGUAGAGUAAGGCCCUGGGGUGCAUAGAUAAACAUGCACCAGUUAACCUAUGUCAAGGGACGCACUGCUGUAUAUUAAACCUCUGGAAGGGCACUGUUCUGAAAUGGCUUUCUAAAAUUCACCACAAUGACUCUCUUUACUUAGUAUGUUUAGUCCUCAUUAUAACUGGGAAAUUCUGUUUCCAGAACUUUUGAAAUACUGGUUAGAAGAUUAAUAUUUUAUAGUGUAAUUAAAAAAAAAAAUGAAAAAAACCAUCUUUUUUUAGGUAACUGCAAACUGUUGUGAAUUCAAUUUAAACCAGUUGGUCCUAGAGGAUGAUAUUAGAGUAUAACAGUAGGAGUGAUGCAUCUACCAAUCCAGGGUGGUCAAGUAUUUACCAUUAAGGUGUAAGACACUAUGUGACGUGUCAUUUGUAUCUCUGUCAAGGUUUUAUCAGUAUUCCUAUAAUAAAUCCACAUUUCAGGGAUUUAUAACUUGGUUGUGUGUGUGAUUGAAAAUCAUCAGUUACUGUAAAACUUUGGGAAUGAAUGUAUUUAAACUACUUAAAAUCAAUAUAGUUUUUCAAAUUUGAAUAAAAUAGGAUUUUAAGUUAUGGUUUGUGCUCAAAACUGCAAUCAGAUUUGUUGUUUAAAUGUGAACUAAUGGCUUGUACAGUUUCACUGUGACCUGAUCACGUUUAUUAGCUGUCUUUUCUUAAAUCACCUUGCAGUUUACUGUGGAUAAAUGCCAAAAGCUGUUUAUUUAUUUUAGUUUUUUAAUUUUGUGCAUGUCCUCAAGCCAAAACUGAGUUCAGCUAAAUGCUUUCGUUAGCCUUUGAACUUUAAUUUUGCUUUGCUUAGGUGCAUUUCAAUCUAUUGAAUUAAAAAGUGACACCUUAUUUUUCAGUAUUCUAAGAUGAAAGUUCACAGAUGAAAUAUGCUGCCACAGUUAUGACAAAUAAUAAAAUUGAAGGUGAAAUGUCUUCCAAAUCUAAACCCUAGUGGUGUCUAUCUUGAUGUUACAAACUUCACUUUGAUAUCACCUUCAUUUCUUGAUAUUAAUUCUUCCUAACAUAACUAAUAAUUAUGGGGUUUUUCUUUAGUUUUCUUAGACAACUAACAGUUUUGGGUUUUAAAUCUGAAAAUGCCCACCUGUUCAUGGAUAAAGCCAUACUGGUAGAUUGAAAUGUAAUAUUUCUCCUAUGUAAAAAUGUGAUCUUGAAUUAAACAGUCAUGUAUGUUUACCUAUGUCUUUAACUGUAUAUGUAGUUUCGAUCCGAAUUAUCUUUACUGUUUAAACGUCUAAUUCUUUACUAAUGGCUGUAAUGUCACGUCGAGGUCGCUGCGGGUGCCAGCUCGGUCCCGCUCCAGGCGGCCCGGCAGGGGUCGCUGCGGCAUGAGCUUCCCCGCGAAGGUGUUUUCCUCUCAGAGGCUUGGAGCUGAUCUGUUGAUGCCGAUGCACAAACCUUGUAAAAGGGACCAUAAGUUUAAUGUUUCUGAUGUUUUGUUACUUUUUUUUUAAGCUAGUGAACAGUUCUUUCAAUGCGAUGUGUACAAACUUGUACAGGUUUAGCUUUGUUAAGUAUGAUGAAUAAAAUGGUAUGUAAUAGGGCAGAAAAAUUA